AGUUUCUUAGGCCCGUUUCUACUCAUUGACCGUCUUAUGCCCCUGCUCGAGACUACCUCCAAGCGUUCAGGUGCCGACGUUAGAAUCGUGACCAUCGCCUCUACAGCGCCAAAAGCCUUCCUCCCUGCCAACUUCCAAUUCCAAUUUGACUCGGCUGCUGGGCUCGUCACUCCUGUAACUUGUUAUCCCCUCGCCUGGCGUUACUUUCUGAAGUUCCUCUUCGCUAGCGACAUGAUUCUGUACAGCGUCUCCAAGGCCGGAGCAAUGGUCUACGCCUCGAAGAUGCAGGAGUUGUUCGACAAGUACAGCCUCAACAUACUUUCACUCAUCGUUCACCCCGGUGAAGUAGCCACCGAGGGAGUUGCCGAGGCUAACAAUGCCUUCAUGCGGAUGAUGGCCCGCACGUUUUAUAUGAGUUCAGAGCAAGGUGCUGCUUCUCCACUGUUCGCAGCUACUUCCGAUCAGAUCCGCUCCGACCCAGAUCAGUUCAAAGGUAAGCUGCUCAUGCCCGUUGGUAAGCCUUCGGGUUUGUACUCCGUAGUCAACGAUAGGAAGCAAGCUCAGGGCCUUUGGGACGUCAUGACGAAAGAGCUUGCCCGGCAUCUUGAGGCGGAGGGCUUGGCUUCCAUGAGAAAAUGGUGA